CAGCGCCAAAUGGGACAGUUUUCCAAUACCAGUGCAGACUGGAAGUGGAAUCAUUGACUCACCGAAUAAAAUGAAAUUUUCUGCUCUUUUUCGAAGUUUUUGUUACUGUAGUAAGCUUGCCUACAGAAGUUAAUAUUCCAUGGUGCGCAGUUAGGACCGCACGGAAUUUUACUGGGACUUCCGAUUUUGAACCAGCUGUUCUUUAUUUAUGCCUUACUGAUUUGAAUAAUCCCAAUUUUGGUUCUCAUCAAUGAUCCUCGCUUGAGGGAGCUUAUCAUUUAUUUCCUCAUCAUCUGCGCAGGCAAAUCGUGGAAACCCAGUUUCAGCAUCGUGACAAUUCGGGAGGUCCCUUCUCCAACCAUGACGACCGCCAACCCCGAUCCGCGGACCCCCGCCACUCCAUCCCCGCGCGGUGCUGCCCCCGUGGACAUGCGCAGCCCCUACAUGCCGCCGCGGGCCCUGACGGCCGCGGAGCUGACCGCCGAACGCGAAGCCAAGGAGCAGAAGAGCGUGCUGCGUCUGUUGCGCCGCUACAAAUGGACCAUCAUCGCCCCCACCCUGACCAUCUGGUGCAUCUACGCCGACUGGCAACGCACGCAGCGCGACAAAGCCUCGCGGGCCGCCCAGACCGCCCUGCCCCCACCGGUCCCUCCCCUCAGCGUCCCGGAGAAGGCUCCGGCGGUGGCGAAGACAGUCGCAACUGCGGCGCGAUCGUAAUGAUGGGCGAUCGGGUGUUUUUGCGACGAGAGUUGGUGUUGUGGGGUGUCGAGCAUCCCCGGAAAAUUUCUGGUGUUUUUUUAAACCUGUUGUUCAGUUUUUGUGAAUAAUUUGUUGUGCUGGUUCAGCCUGGUUGAGGAGAGUGGUCUUUGCGAAGCGGUGAACAUACUACGUUACA